UGAGCUCUGUAUAUAUAUAUAUAUAUAUAUAUAUGUCUUGCCUCUGUACUAGAAAGAAUGAAGAAGAAAGAUAAACUUUUCUUCCAAAGUAAUAGUCGGAACUGGAAGAUGGCGGAGCAUAAAUUCAUGGUCGAAGAUCCCCAGGGACCGUUUUCGACCGUGGAGACCUAUGACAGCAAAGCGUCGAGCAAGCCGAAGAAGAGGAACACGUAUGCCAUUGCUUGCACCAUCCUUGCCUCCACGACUUCGAUCUUAAUUGGCUAUGAUGGGGGUGUGAUGAGUGGCGUGGCGGAUUACAUCCAGAAUGACUUGAAUUUGAGCGACGUAGAGAUAGAGAUUGUCAACGGCAUGAUCAACAGCAUGUCGCUCCUCGGUGCCUUCAUGGCCGGUAGGACCUCCGACUAUGUGGGCCGCCGCUACACCAUAGUGAUUGCUGGUGCGAUCUUCUUCGUAGGAGCCUUCCUCGUGGCUUUUGCCACCAACUUUGCCUUCCUCCUGGUCGGUCGUAUUGUGGCAGGGAUUGGUACGGGAUAUGCCUUCAUGAUCGCCCCAGUCUACACCACCGAAGUCGCCCCCGCUUCUGCCCGUGGCUUCUUCACAUCCUUCCCAGAGGUAUUCAUUAACAGCGGUGUGCUCCUCGGGUACAUAUCGAACUAUGGCUUCUCGAAGCUCCCACCGCACCUGGGCUGGCGAUUCAUGCUCGGGCUCGGGGCCAUCCCUUCGGUCAUGCUGGCCGUUGGAGUCUUGGCCCUGCCUGAAUCUCCCCGUUGGCUAGUCAUGCAAGGCCGCUUGGGUGAGGCCAGGAAGGUACUCAACAGGAUUUCAGACUCGAACCAGGAGGCUGAGGAAAGGCUCGCUGACAUCAAGGCAGCCGCAGGGAUACCCCCUGAACAUAAUGAGGACGUCGUGCAGGUAGUGAAGAAGCGGAGCAGCGGUUCGGGCGUGUGGAGGGAGCUGCUCCUCCACCCGACUCCGGCUGUUCGGCACAUUUUGAUCGCGGGUGUCGGCAUCCAGUUCUUCCAGCAGGCAUCAGGAAUCGACACUGUGGUCCUGUACAGCCCACGUAUAUUUGCCAAGGCCGGGCUCAAAUCAACCGACAAGAAGCUGCUUGCCACAGUGGCAGUCGGAUUCUCCAAGACCUUUUGCAUCUUGAUUUCGACCUUCUAUCUCGACCGGGUCGGGAGGCGCCCAAUUCUCCUCGCAAGCGUGGGUGGCAUGGCCUUAUCAUUGGUGACCCUCGGGAGUGUGCUGGAGGUGGCCAACCGCCACCCAGACGGGGAGGUGACAUGGGCCCUCAUUGUGUGCAUCGCCACGGUGAUGUGCUUCGUCGGCUCGUUCUCGAUGGGGUUGGGCCCCAUCGCCUGGGUCUACAACUCAGAGAUAUUCCCGCUAAGGCUUCGAGCCCAGGGAGCAGCCAUUGGCGUGGUGGUGAACCGGUUCAUGAGCGACGUCAACUCUACAACAUUCAUCUCUCUUUACAAGGCCAUCACCAUGAGCGGUGCAUUCUACCUAUACGCAUCAGUAGCUGCCACCUCCUGGGUGUUCUUCUACGUGAUGCUGCCCGAGACACGUGGUCGGACCCUCGAGGAUAUGGAAGUGCUGUUCGGAAGCUACCACCAGUGGAGGUCCGUGGCCAAGAAGCUCGAGAACAACCGGAGCGAAUCUCCCAAUUCCAAUGUGCCCAGCAGUAACAACAACGACAACAGUAGCACCAUGGGGCCACCGGAGACUGCCUAAUUAAUCAUAUUAGCUAUAGCAAACCUUGUGGGAUGGGCUAAUUAAUUUCUAGCCCUAAUUAAUUGCCUAGCCAAUAUUGUAACUGUUUUCGGUAGCCUUAAGUGGAGAGAUGUUAACAAGAUAUACAUUGUUUUGAUC